AUGGUGGAGCCAGUCUUCGGGGUGCUAGGCGCUGUGGCUGUUGCGUAUGCGCAACCAGCUUUGCCCUACGCACUGGCCUUCGCGGCGGGUGCCAUGAUAUACGUAGUAGCUGAUGACAUCAUCCCUGAGGCGAAUGCGUCGGGUAACGGCAAGUUGGCUACGUGGGGCUGCAUCAUCGGUUUCCUGGUGAUGAUGUGUUUAGACGUAGGCCUUGGGUAA